AUGACAAGAGAAAUAAAGAACGAAGAAAUUAAACAGAGCAAGGAGCAAGGAGAUGAAAAGAAGGAAGAAGUCAUACUGCCAUGGAAUGGAGAAUUUACCCUCAAAAUUAAGUGCGGCGGUCCAGCUGUGAGGUACUCGGCAGACUACAAGUACAUCGACGCAAUCAUCGACGGAUUCGACUACAGCAGCGAAGGCAGAUCAGACUACAUGAUAGUGGGUUACCGUGCCGAUCUAAGCAUGGCGGGAAAGGUGAGUGUAAACGGCCUACUCAAAAUUACUAAGUCGGAAGUGAAUAUCAAAUGUGACACUUUCUACGGAGUCUACAAGUCGACGGACAAAGAGCUGAGCACAAGAAUGAACAACUUUCUUGAGGUGAACCGAAUCGUCCUUAAUCCGCACGUCAUGAAGAAAUUUGGAGAUCUGCACGCUUACGCCUAUAAGGUCCUCGCGAAUACUAUCUUUGCUCAAAUUCGUUUCGAUGAAAUGUUUCCUAGUUCGGAACUGCGCCGUUGUACAAGCUGAAGUUUUGUGAAUCUUAGAUUGGGAAUAUUUUAAACUUUGAGAUUUUGCAAUUUUGACCUUUUUGGAUUUUGGGAGUUUGAGAUUAUGGGAUUUUUGGGAGUU